UCUAAACCGACCGCGCCAUGAGCUUUACGUGCUUGGCCUUCUCACUGGCGUCGCUCAACCUCGGCAAGUACUCGCGCGCCUCGCUCCUCGGACUGCCCGACGAGCUUGACGUGAACUCGGCCGUCACGCCCUGCUCCAGCACGAUCGAGAACCACGCGCACAGCGGCAGCUUCAUGGUGUCGCUCAAAGCGUCGUCCAAGUCCCACCACGACCUCGAUACCUCCGACGACGACGAUAAUGACAACGACGACGGACACAUUCACGAGCCUGCACCGCUCUGUAGCUGCGACUCGAACGCCUCGACGAUCGUGGCGUCGUGGCGAUAGUCGUCUGCGUACUAACGACUGGAAACAGAAUAUAUCUAUAUCCACA